AUGGGAAUCUUUUUGGAAGAGGCUGAGAAGGUGAAGACUGAAAGGGGAUCCCUCAGAGACAUCCUCGACAGCUUGCAGCAAGCCAACGAGGAGAGCAAGUCUCUGCAUAAGGUUGAGGAGCUCAAGGCACUAAGGAGCAGGAUCAACACCAACAUUGUUGUAGUCCUAAAGAAGGCCAGGACGAUUCAAACCCAACUCGAGGAGAUGGACCGGGCCAACGCCGCCAACCAAAGGCUCUCCGGUCUCAAGGACGACACGACGACCAUCUACCGAACCCGGAUCGCUGUCACCAAUAGGCUGAGGAAGAAGUUGAACGAGCUGAUGAUGGAGUUUCAAGGGUUAAGGCAGAUAUGA